UUGCCACAUCAACUUCUCAUGAGUCUCACAGACUCUACGGAGAUUAUCAUGCAUUCUGGCUCACCUGUUCUCACCCAAAGUAGGGGAUCCGAGCAACGCCUUUAUAUUCAUGUUGGAAGUUUCAGCCUAUAAAACACCUGCCUGCUACUAUGGCUUUACCUCAUUCCCUUCCACAAACUCUAAUCAUGUUUACUUCCCGCUCCAUCAUGUUUGCGCUGCUCAGCUUCCUCGCUGGCGCCAAUGCGUGUAUACAGUGCCCAGCCUCAAUAGAGGUCGACGGCAGUGUCGCUGACCAUUACCUCACCCUCCCAAACGACCAGUAUACAAUUUGCAUUUACUAUAAUGACCAGUUGCCAAGCGGCGAGACCUGUCGGUAUGGCACCGUAAGUGCUUUCUGGAUAUUGCGCAGCUCAUUGUUCUCGGUGACAUGCUAACGAUCAUCAGGGGAACGGCAAACUUUUACUGGGGUAUCAGUCUUGUCCGGCUACAGCAACUUUGAAGGCUCACUGCUGAACUUGAUGUAAAGAGGUGGGGGAGACGAAACACC